CGCAAACAUUCACAAAUCAUGAGUGGCUUUAGUUACGCUUUCUGGUUUGAUGAUUCUCGCAACCACGAAGAAAAUGAACAAGUUUUGGAGCCUAGCCUUGGGGCUGUCCAACCCCAGAUUCCCCCCACCAUCUCCCCCUCGGCAUUUCCCUCCCAUGCACAGGAUCGCUUCUCUCCCUCGCUACCCCCUAAUUCCCUCGAGCCUAGCCCGUUCUGCAUGGAAGAAUCUGAACCUCCUCGAGCCAAUCCUCUUAUACCAGAACUUACCCCUCAGAUGAUGCCCUCACCGCAAGCCCUAACCGCUCGGCAGUGCUCUCAUUGUGGGACGACCACAUUGGUCUGGCAACAACAUCCUAUCACGCAUGUUCCGUUGUGCGAUGCAUGCGCAGUGUAUCUUUCUCAACGUUCCAAGCAGCGCCUCGUCGAUCUCUUACUGGCCGAAACGCGGCGAAACGGGUCGUCGGAGGACGGGGUGUCGCUGGAGGGCACGAUCCAAUGCCCACAUUGCGGUACAAAGAGGGCAAGCCCAUCGGAGGAGAAUUUGGAGGAGAUGAUGGUUUGCGAUGCAUGCGGGAUGUAUGUGCAAGUACGGGGGCAAGAUCGCACGAACCGAGUGACAGAGGGAUGGGAGGAGGGCGACGAUAGUGGGAUUACGAGGAAUACAGUGAGUAAACUCUGCCCGCGCGUUGCUAUCGUUGAGAUCCUUGCCUCAGCUGGCACAUGCGUCUUCACAUCCUGAAUGAGUUAGGAUCGGAUCGCCUUCACACGGAGCCGCGGCGUCGUCGCACGCGCAUUUCCCUCAGAUGACGUCGAUGGUGGUCCUCGCAGCGCCUCAUAAUACCCACCUUGCCACGGCAUGCUCUCACUGGCUUGCAUUUUCUACUUCCAAGAGGAUUUCGAAAAAUAGUGAUACAACAACGCAGACGGAGUCAAGUCUACCUAAACGACAUGGUGUGCUUCAUUUAGGUUCCUGCUACUCGAUCGAUGUAUCCAUCGUCGUGCAGGCCGAUGUAUAUUAAAUUAGACUUUCAGAUUCAGGGCUCUCUACACACCGUGAGCGUACUGGACACAAACAUUCUUCCGUGUGCGCUCACCGGGUCGACGAAAAGCUAGGAAUCUUCCUUUACUAUAGCACAAUCGCACCCGCUACUGCGAGGCCCUGCUGAAACCAGCUAGGUCAUUGAAUUGAGAUGUACGCCACAUAGGAGACACGCACUCGGACAGAGUUGCUAUGUGGUAGAUCCCCGACUGCGCUGGGCGCUCAAAUCCCCUUUGAUUGUGAGAUCUCUCAGUGCGUCCGUGCUGGCAGAGUACGUCUCGAAGUUCGCCAUCGGGCGGGCGACCGCGCCUCGCUCGAUGCUAGUAAGUCCAGAACAGAUGCACAUUGACAAUCGUGUUUCCAUGUUUCAGUAAAAGGCCGGAAUAUUCUCUUCACCGUGUGUGUGUCGGCCCUGUCAGUCGCGAAGAUUGACAGGCCUGGACCGGUAGCGAUCUCCGCGCUAGAAUUCGUGGUCAGUAGACGAUCAGAGAUCAGCGCGGAAGUCUCCAGGCAGGCGUCUUUGAGGUCCAUAGACACAGGGAGUCAAGCGACGUGGGGUGGAUAUCCGACGCAAAGCUGGUGAUGGCUUCCUCCGCAGCAGAGAUUCACCACGCGCCGAGGUAACACAAGCGUGUGUGGCUUCUGUGCUAUCUGGUGCACAGUGUGAUAUCCCAGACCUGUACAACGCGAGGGUCCGCCCCCGCUUACAGAGCGAAAAAAAAUGUG